AUGGCUGAAGUAAGUUUGAGCGAGUCCUCCACCGAGGACGUAGCGAAUAGGUUCGCUCGCAAAGGGGCUCUGAGGCAAAAAAACGUCCACGAGGUCAAGAACCACAAAUUCAUAGCCAGGUUCUUCAAGCAGCCGACUUUCUGCAGCCACUGCACCGACUUCAUCUGGGGGUUUGGAAAGCAAGGAUUCCAGUGCCAAGUUUGCUGUUUUGUGGUCCACAAGAGGUGCCAUGAAUUUGUCACGUUCAGCUGCCCAGGGGCAGAUAAGGGGCCCGACACAGACGAUCCCAGAACAAAACAUAAGUUUAAGAUCCACACCUAUGGGAGCCCCACCUUCUGUGACCACUGUGGCUCUCUGCUCUAUGGCCUCAUCCACCAGGGCAUGAAGUGCGACUCCUGCGAUAUGAACGUCCAUAAGCAGUGUGUUAUGAACGUGCCCAGCCUGUGUGGAACUGAUUACACCGAAAGGAGGGGGCGUGUUUACCUCAAAUGUGAGGUCAGCGGGGAUAAGAUGAAGGUCACAGUGAGUGAAGGCAGAAACCUGAUCCCCAUGGACCCCAACGGCCUGUCUGAUCCGUAUGUCAAGCUCAAGCUCAUACCAGACCCCAAAAAUGAGACCAAGCAGAAGACCAAAACCAUCCGCUCUAGCCUCAACCCCAAAUGGAACGAAACCUUUACUUUUAAGAUGAAACCUACAGAUAAGGACCGCAGGCUGUCAGUGGAGGUGUGGGACUGGGACCGGACCACAAGGAAUGACUUCAUGGGAUCCCUUUCUUUUGGCGUGUCAGAGCUCAUGAAGUCUCCAGUCUGUGGCUGGUAUAAGUUGUUGUGUCAGGAGGAGGGGGAAUACUACAAUGUUCCUAUCUCAGAGGAGGAUGAUGGUAAUGAGGAACUGAGGCAGAAAUUUGAGAAAGCCAAGCUAGGCCCUGGUAAGAAAGUGAUUGACGAGACGGACGACACCUGCUCCAGCCAGCUGCCAUCCAACAGCCUGGACCAAGUCAAGCUCAGCGACUUCUCCUUCUUGGCUGUGUUGGGGAAAGGCAGCUUCGGCAAGGUUAUGCUGGCAGAGAUGAAGGCCAGUGACGAGCUGUAUGCAAUCAAGAUCCUGAAAAAGGACGUGGUGAUCCAGGACGAUGACGUAGAAUGUACCAUGGUGGAGAAGAGAGUUCUGGCACAACAGGACAAGCCGCCCUUCCUCACACAGCUCCACUCGUGCUUCCAGACUGUGGAUCGUCUCUACUUUGUCAUGGAGUAUGUAAAUGGGGGAGACCUCAUGUACCAUAUCCAACAAGUGGGCAAGUUCAAGGAACCUCAGGCAGUGUUCUAUGCAGCAGAGAUCGCUGCUGGUCUCUUCUUCCUGCACAGUAAAGGAAUCAUCUACAGGGAUCUGAAGUUGGACAAUGUGAUGCUGGACUCUGAGGGACACAUCAAGAUUGCUGACUUUGGCAUGUGUAAAGAGAACAUGUCAGAAGGAGUGACCACGCGCACCUUCUGCGGCACUCCAGACUACAUAGCCCCAGAGAUCAUUGCCUAUCAGCCAUAUGGACGCUCUGUAGAUUGGUGGGCAUAUGGAGUUCUGCUCUACGAAAUGCUUGCAGGACAGCCUCCAUUUGACGGAGAGGAUGAAGAUGAGUUGUUCCAGUCCAUAAUGGAGCACAAUGUGUCCUACCCCAAGUCCCUAUCAAAAGAAGCUGUCUCCAUCUGCAAAGGGCUGAUGACCAAGCACCCGUCCAAGCGUCUGGGCUGUGGCCCUGAGGGGGAGAGGGACAUCAGAGAACAUGCCUUCUUCAGACGUAUCGACUGGGAACGCCUUCAGAACAGGGAGAUACAGCCGCCCUUCAAGCCCAAAGUGUGUGGCAAAGGAGCAGAGAACUUUGACAAGUUCUUCACGCGCACUCAGCCCCAGCUCACACCACCAGAUGAGCUGGUUAUCGCCAACAUCGACCAGGUUGAGUUUGCAGGGUUCUCUUUCAUAAACCCACAGUUUGUACACCCGUCGCUCUGCAUCAGCGAAUGAGAAGGAUGGGGAAACCUCCCUGAAGAACCUCCCUGCUCACUGCCACCCACUUACACCAACCGCCAAACUAACAUCUGACCACAAGUUGAUCAAGGCCCACUUUAUGGAUUGGUUUUAUUUAUAAGAAAGAAUUUAGGACAUGCAUAUUUGUUCCCUGCAGUUCCUUUGCCAGUAUAGAUUAUACAGAUUAGAUUGUUUCUGGCCACCACAAGAAAUAAUUUCCCUUUAGUUUAAUGAUGAGCAUGUACUUUAGACAAGGAGGUCCUUGCUUAACACUGCAAUUUAUAUUGAAGGUUUACCAUAACUGCGGGCGCUGAGACAGAAGGAUGUCUGGCUUUAUAUAUCUAUGCCAGAAUAUGAUUCAUUAGAGAGAAUAAAUUAAUUUCUGCCUGUAUAACCAAGAGAAUAUUAAGCAAGCAUUCGGCCAUGAUAGCAUUUAAGGCAUGGAUUACUCUGGAAGGCAUGUCUUCGCAAAAAUUCAAGAUACAAAUCUCAGUGGAUAAACAUUACAGUCCCUAGAUCUCCGUGGUGGGUCACAGUUUGUUUUUAUAUGGAUAAUAAUCACAUUAUAGAUAUUACUGUAUGUGAUGACCAGAAAAAACACACAUAUCAGGCAGUGUAGAUGCCAUAGCCAAAUAUGAAGGACAGGUGGUGCAGGAGUUGAAACAGCACUUUGUGAUUUGAUGUUUCCUGUAUUAUGUUUACGGUUUUCUUCCCCUUUGAUUUCAUGGUGAUGGUGUAAAAUUCUGUUUUAGUACAAACUGAUACUAUAGCCAGUCUCAACUUCAAGUGUGCGUAGCAAAUCAACUAAAGAAUGAACAGUUAUGUAUUAAAAUAAUAUGCAGCCUGUAAAAACGCAAUUAUGUAAGACACAUUGGUAUGAAAGUGUCGGCGUCGGUUUGAAUUUAUCAAAAUUUCACCUAGCUUAACCUACUUGACCUGGUUUUGAAAAUAGUGAUUCACAAACUUAUUUCCUAGCCCUCAUUGAGCUGCAGAUUGUAUACUUACCUUGUCAAUAAUUUUGUGGACACUAUGUGGACACAUAAUCAACCGUAAUAAGUUUAGUAUGUGGGCAGUGGCAGAAUAUAUAUAUUUAUCUAUACUGAAAAAUCAAUCCUAAAAAGUUUACAGUUUGUGAUGUUUUAACAUUAGUCAGUGUUAACCACUGUCCCUGUCCCACUAUGCCCAUAAGUACAAAACCUCCCUUUGGUCAUACAUGUCUUAACAGACACAGUACAAGACAUUUCAAUAAACUGUUAUUAUUUUUUAGAAUAUACAAUUAAGUGAUGUCAUUGUGUAUUAGGCAUGCAUUGCAUAAAAUAUCAUCCCCUCAAACGUAGAUAAAACCCAUUUGUUGGGUUUCUUGGAUACAGAAGUUGCAAAUCAAAAACACUUCUGACAUUGUAUCGUUGUCCUGAGAACAAUUUCUUCCUUCAUUAGGAGUAUUUCAACAUAAUCAUUAUUAGAUGAAUAUGAGCCUUUUUAUGCAUUAAUUUUUCUUUCUUUAAUAUCUUUAAACUAGAUUCGUUUUUACUCACUACUCUCUUUUCUGUGAACUCAUACAUAUUUUUCCAUUAGAUCAGAUGAAUAUUUUAAUGUAUCUACUCCUUUGUAAAUAAUCAUGAGUUAUUUAAAAAAGAGCGGCAAGUUACAGUUUUUAUACCAACACCUGAAUGUGCUUUUAUUACAGUAAUUAGUUAAACCAAUAUUUGUACCUGUAAAAAAAGAUUAAACAACUACGAACAUAACCCAGUACAGAUGAACUUUGUAACAAAUGGAUGUCUUGAAUAGAGUCCAGAUUUAGCAAGUUGUAAAAAAUAUCUGUUCUACUUGUGUUGUUAGGUUCAUCAAAUCUUUUUCUUUUCCUUUUGAUUUUUCUUAAAUCAUAUUCAAUGGUUUCUACUGCAAAUUAUGUGUUGAUUGGAUGCCUGUCUGGUUGUUGACUGUCCUUCUGUAUCUGCAUGCUGUUGGUAGGCAUCAUUCAUGCACGUGAUCUGCUAAAUGCUGCACGCUACAAAAUCUGUAACCCCAAUGAGUUACAACCUUAAAAUGAGGCUCCGCUCAAAAUCUAACUUUAGAGGUAAGAGUCACCCGUUGUAGCUUUUUUGUCCUUCUUGAAGAAUAAUGGCCAUGGUUAGCUUAAAUCCAUGUUGAUUAUAAUGGAUUCCAAUACUGAAUGCUUUUCACUAUAGGAAAAAAAGUGACGAAAUGUCCACAAAGAAUGCCUCGAACCACUCCUACAUCAUAAGCCACUCGUUCGCUGUGUAUCUGUACUCUCACUUUGUUUCAAACUUGCACAUUUCUGCUAAAAUAAAAAGCCUACAAGAAAUGAGUGUGAAACACUCAAAAGAGUGAUUUAGGGUGAGCUAUCACUGCAAGCAUAGUUCUGGAUUGACCGAAUUUAAAGUGGUCCAUUAGACAUCGCAGUCAAUUAUCAUAAGAAUGCUCAUUUUAGACCAGCUUAAAGAUUGUGACUGAGGUUCAACAACACAGCUCUGCAACAAAAAAAUAAAACACCGAAAGUCAUAAUGCUGAAAACACUGAAAGUCAUAAUGCUCAGGCAGGUUGGUGAACUAUGUAUGAAAAAGCAAGAGUGAGCAGCAACAGUGUUUUUGACAAAAAAAAAAAAAAAAAUCCAGAUAUAAAAGGUUGAAGAAAGUAGUAUAGAAUAGACAUUUAUUACAGAUUAUGAAUUUAAAUAGAUACUAAUAUUUACCUUUUUCCUGAAACCUAGUCACUGGGUCUAGAGCAGUGCUCUUUUCUUUAGCAGCGUGAUAUAUAUACAUUAUGGCCCCUGGUUCCUCACGCCUUUUCAUAUUUAGGGCAAUGUGGAACACUGAAUCCAGAUCUAUGGUGAGUUGUGACUCAGACGCACUGCUCAUUGCUAGGCCAGUGGGACCACUCGCUCUCUAGUGUCUCUUGAAUGGGGUUUAUGUUAUGUUCUUAAUGUUGUGUUGUUGUCAAUUUGUAAUUUUAUUUUAUUUUAUUUUUUUUGAUUGUGCCCUUUAUUUUUGUCUCUUGUUAGUUGGUGUCAGUGUUGUCAAUUUUAUUUCUCUAGCUUCUGCUCCAGAAAUUCAGGAAUGAUUCUAAAGAUAUAUCACAUUAGAAAACUCAUAUCUGACUGAUAUAGAUGUGAACUAUUGAAACGUGUAAUAUUUUUUCCAUGUUUUUCUAAGAGUCGUGCUCUCCUACUGUGUGUCGUAUACCUUUUGCAUGUGCCAAACCUGGAAAACGCCAGAACCCGACAAUAGUAGCGUUGCACUAGUUGUAGUCACAUGGAUGACUCUCGCUGGCAGCUUUCUCCCCCUACAGGCUGAGACCUGCCUAAAGCCACACCUGCUGUACACUCUCUUAGCUACAUCCCAUAUACUAGCAUGCUGUAAUGAGUUUACCGGUGCACAUCGUGUCAGUACGCUUAACAAUGCCAGUCAGUUUGAUAGUCGACUCACCAUACAUGGUACUAUGUUGUCCUGCCUGUCUAGCCUUGGCCAGAGUUGUGUCUGAAAACCUUUUUAACCCGUGGAGCAUUUGAUUUAGCAUCCACAGUGAAUUUCUCUGAAGUGGGAGAAAAUAUUCCUUGUACAUACUCAGAGUUUCCUCAGCAGCAGCAUUGCCCUUGUCUGAGCCUAACUUGCACCUCUGUAUGUGCUGACUUAGCAGUCUAGAUCCAUCCCUUUAAUAGAAACUCUGAUGAAUUGCCUCCCAGUCUUCUUUCUUCUUAGAAAUGUUUUCAGAGUAUCAAUUCACAGUCAAUGUGGGCAUGAAAAAAAGAUGAAUACUCUCCCCUUGUGUGCCUUUCCCAACUUGAACAGAGAUACCUUACAUUUUCCUCUUAAUCCUCAUCCUCCUUGUUCUUCUGUAGUCUAAAGUCUCUACUCCAUUUUACUCCACAACAUUACUCCACUUACUGUAUUUUCAAUCCACUGACAAACUAGCCUUGUCAAUUUACCCAAUUUUUACUUCAUUUCACUCUAUGUAAGUGUUUCAGCACGUCUACCAAAUUCUCAUGAAUGUAAAUAAAAAACAAAAAACUAACAAAAAACACCUCUGCAUGCUUUAUUCACAUAAAUGGUCCGCCAUCUGGUCUGUAAAUCAGAUUUUUAAGCACAUUUUCUUGACUGACACCAAUAACCUUUACAGAAAAACUAGGACUUGACUCAUCCUUGCCUGCUUGCUUUACCUUUACCUCCCUGUGCCUAUCAUUGACUCAGUGAUGUAGUGAGUUAAUUAAUAAAUGUUUUGACAAUAUUAAAAGAUGAUAUUCGGGGAGUGAAGGAACAAUGAAAAUGUGAUGUAUGGGGUUCAGUGAAAUGAAUGAAAGGAUAGAUGAUGAUGGCUUGUUUGAAGGACAACCCCUGUGCCUCGUCACAUUGAACCCUCCCUCCUUUGUUGUCUCCUGUAUGCCCUCUUUCAUUCUACCUGUUCCUCCUUCCUCAGUGCCUGGGCCAAGUCAGUCCAUCAUCUUAUUGUCAGUGUCCUCCUCCUCCUCACCAUUUAAAUCCCAACAGCUCAGGAAAGCAGUUGACUUUUCUUGUACUCCACAAGGUUGGAAUCAAUUCCACUCUCUCCUCCUCUCUACUGAUUGCCCCUGUACACCAUGGAAAAGGAAUUACCCAAAUGUGUUUGGUGUUUUACUUUGUUUACUUUGUUGAUGUCUACACCUUUUUGUUUGUAAGUUAAAGCAAAAUUAUGCAACUAUUUUACUUUAAAGUAACAGCUUCAAACUCAUUUUUGACUCUUCCAUUCCCACUCCACGCCCCGAACGCCUGUUCUUGCACUAUGUAACUUGGGUUGAGCGGCUACAGUCUCCCCGGAGAAGUGCGUAACGCUUUACAGCACUACGUCACACACCACCAACUAUGGGUCUUCGGAUAAGAAGAAGCGAGCUCAGUAUUCUCAGUACGGACAUCAUGGCAGAGGCAGAGAGACCAGCUCUUAGCGUCUGCAUUCUAGCACACAAUUGCUGUGGGUUCAGAUGUUUUCGGUCAGUCGGAUUUAGGAUUGUACUGAGAUGAUUUGUUGCCCUGCCCAAGCGAUUGAUAGGCUUUGUUUUCUGUACCUGAGCUUUGAGCCUCUACGCCGCUUCCAGUACCCUUAACCGCUCACACUCGGAGCCCGACAGAAUUUAUUGCGCCAGCAUCCUGUAAUUACCACUACAGGCUGCAGAGGCCAGUGAUGCUGUUGCUCAGCAAAAGUUACAUAGUCUUGCUUUAAGUGAUUAGGAUGACCAGAAAAUAAUGAAGUAAAUUUUUGAUGUAAAGAUAUUACCGCAAAUGUAAGUGUUUUUGAGAGAGAGGUCUGUUAUGAUUUUUUUAAAUUGGCAUUUCUUACAAUACUCCUUUUGGGUACCUGUUGACUUUAGGUGAAUCUCGUUUAAAAUCUCUCUUCGUUGUAGUAAGUCAUGACUCUCCCCUGUGUCCUGUUCGCUGUAAAAUGAUAGAGUUGAGGUGAACUGCCAUCUCUUUGGCCGUACAGAGCACAGGAUCAGUGAUGUGCAGGAAUGCCUUAUAUCUUAACCAAUACAUUAACAUGGUCUCUAACUGUCCCCUCUCUGUUAAUUUAUAAUCUCAGCAUCCCUGUCGUUGUACAUAAAUGACUUACAAUAGAUAUCUAGAUAGACUGUAAAAGAAAGAAUAUAUUGUAUUUUGCAAAUGGUGUAUGUUUGUUCUCUUCCCCUGUCAGCCUGAAACCUUUAAAAUGACCGUGUAACCGAUUGUGUCAUUUGUACCUAAUGUAUGAUAAUGCUAAUAAAAAAUGAGGAAAAUGAAGUC